AUGAUGCUCGUAUGUGCCAGUUGGGUGCUUUUGUUCUUCCACCUCAGUUUUGACGAUGAAAUCCUAAGCUCUGUUAUCAACUGUGGUUACAAAUCUAUGAUAUUUGAUUCGGUUAUCAUAUUAAUUGAGAACAAUAUCGCAGUUUUCUGUCCAGGCUUAACAGAUGGCUCACUGGGAGACAUGUUUUACUUUCAUUCUUUCUGCAGUCUAGGUCUGAUCGUUGAUCUAGUGCAAGAUAUUAGGGCCAUGAACGGCGAAGCUGUCCAUGCAAAUCCAAGGAAGACUGGAAUGAUCAUUCUCGGAGGGGGCCUGCCCAAACACCACAUUUGCAAUGCCAACAUGAUGCGUAAUGGUGCGGAUUAUGCUGUCUUCAUCAAUACUGCACCAAAGUUUGAUGGGAGUGAUUCUGGAGCUCAUCCGGAUGAGGCUGUAUCAUGGGGGAAAAUACGGGGUUCUGCUAAAACUGAGGUACAUUGCAAUGCAACAAUUGCUUUCCCUUUGCUGGUUGCUGAAACAUUUGCCAAGAAAGCUGUCGAGACCAUGACUUAA